GCUUCAUUUGGAGCCAGCCAUGCCAUCGUCGUCGAGCUAUCAGAUCCCUCGACGACGAUGAUGGAAUGGACUCCACAGUCCUCGGAUGGAACCGAGUAAGAGUAAGAGCAAGAGCAGGUGAGUGACAGCGGCUGAACGUGGUUAGUCGGGUGGUUCCAGCUUGACGUUCGUUCGAGCUCGGGUGCGUUUCUCGGAGCCCGCCAUUCGAAGGAAGGCUUCCCCUUCUUGCUGCUGCUGCUGCUGAUGGUGGUGGUGGUGGGCGUGGGCGUGCAUGGCUUGACGCAGGCCUUGGGUCGAUGUACAUGUCGCGGCACUGGAGCUCGAUUCGACGACGAUGCGACGAUCACAGGCAGGAAUGGCGAUUCGGACGUCCGCGUUUUCUGCCGCCAGCCAUGGAGUUCCGGAUUGCAGCGUUGUUGAAUUCACCGCGUCCGCGUGCACGAGAAUGCGAUUCCGCCAACCUUCUCUUAACACUGCCCUGAGCUCCCUCUGCCUGUCUAGGGUUUUUCUGCAGAGCGGCAACCAUCGGUGGAAUUCGUGAAUUCUCAUGAGUGUCUCGCAGUGUGGUUCGGGAGUCGUGGGGUUGCUGUUCUAGUGGGCUGUGAGCUACACCGCGCGUCUGGAUUUGUUCCUCUGACGUUCAUGGCAUCAGGGCUGUGACGGGUGAGGACCUUCGCGUUCAUCCGCUGUCAGGUCCUUCCCCUCUUUGGCGGACGUCGUGGCUCACAUGCAACUCGAGAGUAGAAUUUUCUCUUAAAAGGAAAGUGGAGUAUGUUGAUUUUUCAUUGAAGGCGUCAAAUUUUGAGGAAAGGGCCGAAGAAGGAACUAUUCAGCGUUUGAAAGUUUCAGACCGAGAACCACCAUGGAGGGACAUGACGAGGAGGAGAACGAAGAAAUUAUGCUUCUCAGGGAGCAGAGACGACAGCUCUGUGAGAACAUAGAGAAUCAGCGCCGUAAUCGCGAGGAUUUGAUCAACAACCUCAGUCUGAUCGUGCCAGAUCUCGUUACUUCUCUUGAACUGUCACUGAAGGUGGCGACAUCUUUCGGGGGAGUUACAUCGACCAAGAGAGAAAGAACGAGAUAUCCUCGAGCAGAUGCCAAGGACAGAGACUAUGUUAUGAAGGGAGUCGUUUUCGGAGGCUCUUUACGCAAUGGUCAGAAUGGUAGUGGGGGUUUCCAGAAUGGAGUCGAGAACAGGUCACUCAGUCGAGUGCAAAUGAAAGCCAACGGAGUCGUAGAGAAUCGGUUCGGCAGGAGAGUGGAGAGCUGGAAUGGUGAUUCAGGGGACUCUCAAAACUGGGGAAUGGACGACUGGGCAGAGAAAGAAGGUGGAAGGAUGGAGGCCCUGACCUUUGUGAAGGGUAUGGUGGCAGCCUGCCUGUUGGCCCCCGGGACAUCUGUACCCAUGGAUUCCACCGGCCUUCACCGAAGGUUAUCUAAAGACCCAACUGUUGCGGAGAGAGACGCUUUGGCAGAAUUGGGAGCGGAAGGUGGAGGUAUAAAGGCCGUAGAGAUUGCCUUGAAAGCUUUAGGAGAUAACUCCAAUGGAAGCGUUGAGAUCGAAGAGUUUGCUGUGAGUGGGAAGACACGCUUGAUGGUUUUGGGGAUAGACAGGAACAGACUAUCGAAAGAGCUUUUAGCUCCAUCUUCUCUCAGAAUGCCUGGAGAUGCACCUCACAACAUGAUGGGGAUAAUGGGGCCAGGAGGAAAUAUGGAACCAAAUGGCUGCCCUGGCCCGCAAAAUAUGGGACCAGGACCACCAAGACCAGACAUGUGGGUCGGUGGAAAUGAUCCUCAUCUUCAAGUGGCACCACCCUUGCCUGGACCUGGACCGCCCAUGUUCCCAGGAGGACCACCUCCAUCAAUGGUACCAAGAGGUGGACCUCGAGGUAUGCAAGGGAUGAUGGGUAUGCCCGGACCUGGAUUACAGAUGGGGUUCGGAGGAAUGCCUCAAUUUCAAAGGCCACAUCUGGCUCCCGGGUUAGGAUCGGGACCCCCCGUCGUUGCGGGCAAAAGAGUUGGUGAGGAUGACGAUAUGAAAGACCUGGAGAAUUUGUUGAACAAAAAGUCGUAUAGGGAGCUUCAGCAGUCGAAGACUGGCGAGGAACUUCUGGAGCUCCUACACAGGCCAACAGCUAAAGAAACUGCUGUCGCAGCUAAGUUCAAGACAAAAGGAGGCUCCGCACUGAAGGAGUACUGUGCUGCUCUUACGAAAGAGGACUGUCGUCGGCAGAGAGGAUCUUUCAUGGCGUGUGAAAAGGUGCACUUUCGAAGAAUCAUCGCACCGCACACCGACAGUAAUCUCGGUGAUUGUUCGUUCUUGGAUACAUGUCGGCACAUGAAGACUUGUAAAUAUGUCCACUACGAGCUAGACCCCACACAAGAUGUGAGGGGCAUGAUGACCGGAGUACCGGGUUUACCUCCUCCACAGAGGCCUUCAGGAAGGCCACGACGAGCAGAAUAUUGCUCUGACGCAGAACUCGGUGAACCACAGUGGAUAAAUUGUGAUAUUAGGACUUUCCGCAUGGACGUUUUAGGCCAGUUUGGUGUCAUUAUGGCCGAUCCUCCCUGGGACAUUCAUAUGGAGCUACCGUACGGAACAAUGGCAGAUGACGAGAUGCGCAACCUGAACGUUCCAGCUUUGCAGACAGACGGAUUAAUCUUCCUGUGGGUCACGGGCAGAGCCAUGGAGCUUGGGCGUGAAUGUUUGGAGCUUUGGGGCUACCGCAGAGUAGAGGAGAUGAUAUGGGUGAAGACAAAUCAGCUGCAACGAAUUAUCAGGACAGGGCGAACCGGUCAUUGGCUUAACCACAGCAAGGAGCAUUGCCUUGUUGGAAUUAAAGGGAAUCCGGACGUGAAUCGUAACAUCGAUACAGAUGUAAUUGUUGCAGAAGUUCGUGAAACCAGCCGCAAACCAGAUGAGAUGUAUCCCCUACUGGAAAGAAUUAGCCCUCGAACUCGAAAGCUUGAGCUUUUCGCUCGCAUGCACAAUACACAUGCUGGGUGGAUCUCAUUGGGAAACCAGCUGAAUGGUGUCCGUCUUGUAGACGAGGAGCUCCGUGCAAGAUUCAAAUCUGCAUAUCCGGAAGUAGAGGUGCAGCCCCCUGAUCCUCCUUCUAAAGUUGCUUGUCAUGAAGGGGAAAAUUCAACCCCUCGCAUGAAGAGCCCUCCUCAUAGUGCAUCUUUGGUGAAAGAGAAUGGUGAAGGUAAUGCAGGUGUUGCGACCGUGAGCAGCUCAGGAAAUACAGGUGGAGAUGAAAAAAUGGGGUCAGAUAAGGAUAGUGAGGCGGCUAAUCGUCAAGAUGACCCUUAAAUAUCUCCACGUGGGUUAUUUUUAUCUUCAUAUUUAGGUUGCAGGCUGAAUGAAUGACGGUCGCUGUUCUGGAGUCUCGUUUCUCACAUUCACUAUAGAGGUGUAGGGGUGACUCGACCAGGAACAAUUCCAGCAGUGAGGAUGAGCUAGCAUAGUCGUGGUAAUUUCUCACGGAGUGCUGGUUUUUGUAUAAUCCAAGGCGGUAAUUUCCAGUCCAUCUUCUCAAUUUAAAAGAUGCGUGAGCGAUCACUGAAUUUUUUCCUCAGGCAGUUUUCAUAAUUUUUUUCCCUGGAGGACAACUAGGGGAUGUAGAUGUCAUCAUCACCUAGUAUUUUUAGCGUUGGGUCCUGAUAUUUUUCGCAACGAAAAUUCUGAAUCGUUCGUUCUAAUCCUACUAGACGUUGUAUGCUGUAGGUAGUUUACUGUGAAAGUAGUCAAAUUCUUAUGCAAGUUCAAAUAAGAGAUCUAUCCCA